AUGCACAAGCACAAUGUAACGUUCAAGACGGUCGUUGGUGAAAGCAAUUCUGUUCAACCUGAUAUGAUAGCAUCUUGGUUUGAAACCACUUUACCAACAUUAUUAACUAACUACAAACUAGAAGAUAUUUACAAUGCCGACGAAUUCGGUCUCUUCUACCAAUGCUUGCCAAAUAAACCGUAUCACUACAAAUCCGAAAAAUGCUCUGGGGGUAAAAAUAGCAAAGUCCGAAUUACCGGGCUUGCAGCUGCCAAUGCUGUCGGAGAUAAGCUACCAAUGUUUGUGAUUGGUAUAGAGCGCAGAAGAAGAGUUGGAUGGGAUAGCUCUCUUUUCGAAGAGUGGGUGCGAGAAAUCAAUGCAAUGUUUCUAAAAGAAGGUCGAAAGAUAGUCUUGAUCAUCGAUAAUUGUCCCGCUCACCCUGAUGUCGGUGGACUGUCCAACAUUAAAUUGAUUUUCUUACCUCCAAAUACAACUUCUGUGUCACAACCGAUGGACCAAGGUGUCAUAAGAUGUCUUAAGUCUCUUUAUCGCCAAAAAUUGGUCAACAUGAUGAUUCAAAACCUAGAAAAAGGCAAAGAUCUUCCAAAAGUUUCAAUUCUGCGUGCUCUUCAAAUACUUGUUUCGUCGUGGGACAAAGUGAAGAAAGAAACCAUCGUAAAUUGCUUCAAGAAAUCAAAGAUUUCCAAGAAAGCUCAACAGAAUGCAACUGAUGAUAUUGAUGAUCCAUUUAAACAACUGGAGAAAGAUCUCACACAACUGCGUGCCAUUGACGAUACCAUUAUUCCUGCUGAUCUCUCGGCCCGUGAUGUUGUCGAUAUUGACCAAGAUUUGACCACAAUCGAAAAUCCCGUGACUGAUGAAGAAAUCCUUGAGUCGGUACGGCCAAGUACAGAUGAGAAUGACGAGGAGCAUGAUGAAAAUGCCGAUGUCAUCGAGGUGUUUGAUGAGCCAGUGAGCAAGCCAACAAAAUCAGAAAUAAACACUGCGGUGGAGACUUUACAAAAUGCUUGUCUAUUCACUGAUGAUGGAAAUGACAUGCAACGCCUCCUGCUUCGCUUUGAAGAUUUGUUUCUUAAAAGUGAAAUGAAAAACAAGAAGCAAACUAGUAUUUUGAGCUUUUUCGAUCAAAAAUAA